CCGAUGUUUUGAAAACACCUCUAGCCGACAGCAGACGCGCGUCUUUUUUUGUUCGAGUGAUUUUGCAGAUUUUACGGUGUUUUAUUGAAAGAAAAGUCUAAAUAUCAGUUCCCAGCUUUAAUCAGCACACGUUUUUUGGAAAAGCUGUAUUGCAUAAAAUGGAGCGACGCCUGAGACGCCCGCGUCGCACCGACGAAUUGGCUCCCGCAGCCUCGGCCGCAGCCCUCUCCACACAGCCCAGCCUGCUGCCAGUGACCCGGCGAGCGGGCUCCCUAACAGCGGCAGCAGCCUCCGCCCCCUCUGGUAUUGCCACCCGCACACGGACCUCGCCGUCGCGCAACAAAGGACCAGCAGCUGCUCCGCCAUCUCCGGAACUUGGACCGCGCACACGCCGUUCCAGCCGACCCCGAUCCUCCGUAGGGCCCAUAACCGGAUCCUCGCUGCCCGUCAAGGCCUCCACAAAGGCCCCCACACCCAUACGCGAGGUGCCAGAGAUUACAUCGCCCGUUCGUCAAGUUUCGAGCAGUCUGCCCAUCGCCCUGACCACCAACACCAGCAGUCGGGCUCCCAACAAAUCCCUCAACACAAGCUCGGUGAACAGCAAAAACUUUAGCAGCACUACCACCACUACCAGCACCACCACCACCGAGCGCAUCGAGAUCCGUGCCGAGGGUGACAGCGAGGUGGACACCGACUCCAUUCGGAAGCGUAUCACCGAGCGUCUGAGGCGUUCUGUCUCGAAAACUAUCUCCAACUUGGCGGGAACCCCAGUCACUAACACAGAAGAGGGUAGUCGCUACAGUCGGAGUGUGUCGCGCUCUGUGUACGACGAUGAGAAGUCCUCGAAGCGCAGCUACUCCACAGGUGAAGAGGAGGAUGAGGAUCUCGAAGAGGAGCAGUUCCGUAGCUUCAAUGCCACCAGACAGUCGGCCACGCCAGUGGAGAUUUCGUGCCGCCAGGUGAAAGCGCCCCAGGAGUUCGGGGGCUGGUUGGGUGCCUUUCUGCUGCUGCUUCUAGUGCCCACCGCUGUGUACUAUCUUAGCUGGAGUUGCACGGCCAGAAAUUCCUGUCAGUUCAAGACGCUGAAUCCGGCCAUCCUGCUGGAUUGGAAUUAUCUCUCGCGCCAGGUGUUCCAGACGCGCGUUGUAAGCGCUUUUGCUGCCUACCAGGUUGUGGUUUUCCUGCUCGUGGCCCUGCUGCCCGGACGAAGGGUCCACCUCACUCGCGAGACCUACAAGUUCAACUCGCUGGGAGUGGCCGUCACACUGCUGAUUGCUGGCGGAAUAGCCGAGUAUCUGAAGUAUCCGGUGGUCACCUUCAUACUGCGCCACUACCUUCGCUUCUGCAUUUAUGGACUGGUGGGAGCCUUCGUGGCUGCUGCUUGGAGCUAUUGGCGCGUCGACACUGCCAAGUACAAUGUGCUUCGUCAGACCUUGACGAAUGAUUACGGAAGAUCCGGAAGCUUUGUGGUGGACUUUGCACUUGGCAGGCAACUGAAUCCCAAGUGGCUGGGACGGGUCGAUUGGAAGCAGUUCUACUAUCGGCUCUCCUUGGUGAGCACUCUGUUGUAUGCCGCCUGCUACAUCUACCAGACGCUCGUCUGGCCGUCGAAGCCUCAGCUGACGGAGGAGGGAUACCUACACGUGGCUCGGUACUACUGGAACAAUGUCAACUACGAUCCGGCAACCCUUCUCGCGGCCAGCUCUUUGGCGAUCUAUGUCCUCGACGCCAUUGUCUUUGAACACCACCUCAGCUCGUCCUUCGAACUGCAACACGAGGGCUACGGCUGCCUGCUGCUCCUCCGCUACGCAGCCACUCCCUAUCUGCUGAGCUCGGUUACCAAGUACUUUUACGAGCAGCGAGUGCCCAUCUCCUGCUGGUACGCCCCGCUGGGAGUCCUUGCUCUGCUGGCCCUGGGCUUGCUGCUCAAGCGCUUCAGUUGCGCCUACAAGUACAAGUACCGCCUGAACUCGCAGAGCCCGAUCUUCGCCAACAUCGAGACGAUCCACACGUACCAGGGCAGCCGUCUGCUGUUGGCCGGCACGUGGGGAUGGGUCAGACAGCCAAACUACCUGGGCGAUAUCCUUGCCCUGCUGGCCCUCGCCGCUCCCCUGGCCCUGCGUCCUGCCUGGCCGCCAUUGCUGGGCUUAAGUCUGAUCGUGCUCCUGCUGCUGCACCGCGCCACUCGAGCAAACGCCCGGAAUCAGGCGCGCUAUCACUCGUCGUGGCAUCGUUACAGCUCCCAGGUGCGCCACUACAUCCUGCCCCGGAUCUACUAAGGCUACAGACCUUUAUUUUAUUCUUUUUUAUUAUUUUUUGUGGCCAUUUUAUUAUUUUGAAUUUGUUUAUAUCUUUCGUUUCGAAUUUUUGUAUAUAUCUAUACGUAUUCGUACUCCUGCAGACCCACAUUGAUUAUCACCCCCUCUGUACCCCAACCCAUUGAUUUAGUACAAAAUUUAAUUUAGCCAUUAUCUCUCCAUCAUAUUGAAGCAUAAAUUUCACAUAAAUUAGAACUAAGUUUAAAGACGCCCCCAGAAUAAUAGAGAACCAGAACCACUUAGCUGUACGGAACUAAGCGCUUAAGAUCAUAGACUUUUUAAAUAUUCUAUAUGGAAGUUGUAACGCAUAUAGGAAUUACUUUGUACUUUACAUUUAAAUAUUAAAUAAAUAAAACUUUAGUUUCUAUGCUAAAAAGAAACGCAA